AUGAAGAUUGUCGCUUUCCUGGCCAUCCUUGCCAUCACUUUCGCCAUCGCUUCGGCGCACUUCUCCAUCUCUUCGGUCUCGACCACCGCGACCGGCACUGAGACUGUCGGCCUCCGUGGCGGCGGCGACAUCGGCUCCGGCGGCAACACCGACUUCUGCGGUGUUGGCGCUGCUGCCAACGUCUCGACCACCCGCUUCUCCAUCGGCGCCGGUGCCACUGCUUACGUCAAGGGUACUGUCGCUAACUCGCACGGUAACGCCACCUUCACUGCUCAGGCUGCCCAGGGUGCUUCCCCGACCUUCAACGCCCAGUCCGAUGUUAUCUACACCGGCACCAUGACCUACACCUCCGGCCAGGCUUUCUCGGCUGACGUCGUGAUCCCGACCUCCAUCUCUGGUGACGCCACCGUCCAGAUCAAGAUGGCCACCAGCCUUCCCCCGCAGACCAGCUACUACCAGUGCGUUGACGCCACCGUCACCGCCGCUGUCUCGACUGGCUCGUCCUCGGCUGCCGCCACCGCUGCCCCGACUGCCAUGAUCGCCGCUGUUGUCGCGAUUGUUGCUUUCGUUGCCGCCCUCCUCUAA